UAUACUUGUCACAUGUAAAUCGGGGCAAAGGACGACUAUGGCCAGUUGCAGAGUUGACAGCAGAAAGAUGAAUCCGGACCUGAGCAGGGAGAGGGCCACAGCCUCCUUUAACCCGGAGAUCAUCACCAACAUUCUGGAUGGGACCCCGGAGAAAACCCACAGGAGGAGGGAAAUUGAGAGCCUUGUGAUCAACGACCCAGCCUUCCACAAUGAGGACCCUAACUUCUUGUCCCGCAGCGAGCGGUAUGAGCUGGCCAUCAAGAAGAGUUCUCAGAUGGUUAAGAAGAUGAGAGACCAUGGCAUAUCAGACCCUGAAGAGAUCUAUUGGUUCAAGAGUUGGCUCCAUUUGAUAAACUUCGUACAUCGGGGCCGUCCUGAGCCCCUUGACCUUCACUUGGGCAUGUUCUUGCCUACUCUUCUGAGCCAGGCUACCCCAGAACAGCAGGAUCGCUUCUUCAUGCCUGCCUGGAACUUGGAGAUCAUUGGGACGUACGCUCAGACUGAAAUGGGACAUGGAACCCACCUCCGUGGACUGGAGACAACAGCCACCUAUGACCCAUCUACCCAGGAGUUCAUACUGAACAGCCCCACUGUGACCUCUAUCAAAUGGUGGCCUGGAGGGUUGGGAAAGACAUCAAAUCAUGCGGUAGUGUUGGCACAGCUCUAUACCCAGGGAGAAUGUAAAGGGCUUCAAGCCUUCAUAGUUCCUAUUCGCCAGAUAGGCACCCAUGAACCAUUGCCAGGAGUAACGGUUGGAGACAUUGGGCCUAAGUUUGGUUUUGAUGAGAUUGACAAUGGUUUCCUGUCAUUCAACAAGUUCAGAAUCCCAAGAGAAAACAUGCUGAUGAAACAUGCUAAGGUGGAACCAGAUGGAACGUACGUGAAGCCACUUAGCGAUAAACUGACAUAUGGUACCAUGGUGUUCAUCCGCUCCAUGAUUGUAGGAGACUCUGCAAGAAGCCUUUCUCGGGCUUGCACUAUUGCAAUUCGGUACAGCGCAGUACGACAUCAGUCUGAGAUCAGAGUUGGGGAUCCAGAGCCACAAAUCCUCAAUUUCCAGACCCAGCAAUACAAGCUGUUCCCUCUGCUGGCCACAGCCUAUGCGUUUCACUUUGUGGGAUCAUACAUGAGCCAGAAGUAUCACAGAAUAACUGGAGAUAUCCAGCAGGGUAACCUGAGUGAACUACCAGAGCUCCAUGCCUUUUCUGCGGGACUGAAAGCCUUUACUACAUGGGUAGCGAGCACAGGUAUUGAGGAAUGCAGGAUGGCAUGUGGAGGGCAUGGAUACUCUCGAAGUAGUGGAAUCCCUGACAUCUAUGUGACAUUUACCCCAGCCUGCACCUAUGAGGGGGAGAACACUGUGAUGAUGCUACAGACAGCCAGGUUCCUGUUUAAAAGUUACACUGCUGCCGAAUCAGGAGAACGUCUUGGUGGAAUGGUUUCUUAUCUGAACGAUGUAUCCUCUCAGCGUGUACAGCCUCAGCCUCUGGCUGGUCGACCUCAAAUUGCAGAUAUCAAUGAUGUGUUUGGUCUGGUGGAGGCCUAUAAACAGCGAGCAGCUUGGCUUGUUGUGCGUGCAGCUAGGGGUGUCCAGUCUGAUUUGAAGCGAGGAAAGCGUAAAGAGGAUGCCUGGAACAAGAAUUCUGUAGAUCUGGUGCGGGCAUCUCAGGCUCACUGUCAUUACGUGGUCGUCAAACUCUUUGCGGAUAAGCUGUCUGAGGUCCUGGAUGCUGCUACCCAUCGCAUACUGAGCUCCCUUUGUCUCCUCUACGCUCUGCAUGGGAUCAGCAAAAACACAGGAGACUUUCUUCAGGCUGGUCUUCUGACUUCCUCCCAAUUAGAACACGUAGAUCAGCGGGUUAAGGAUUUGCUGGGUGUAAUCCGUCCUAAUGCAGUUGCUCUUGUUGAUGCAUUUGACUACAGUGACACCCAGCUGAGCUCUGUCCUGGGGAGAUAUGAUGGGAAUGUGUAUGAGAAUAUGUUUGAGUGGGCCAAAAAAUCACCUCUCAACAAGACCCAGGUUCAUGAAUCUUUCCACAAGUAUCUCAAACCUCUUCAGUCCAAGCUGUGAUUCACCACAAAACAAGAAGAACACUGGACCAGCAUCACUUUAACUGGUUUUCAUAGCAAAUAUUUUUUUAAUUGUUCUUUAAAAAUGU